AGGAAACCAGGCUAAAGACGCGCUGGCCGCCGCAACGUCAUCACCGGGCGACAACAGUAGAGUAAACAAGCCUGAAACCACACAUCACAUUCCGAAUUUAAAAAGAAAGUAAGCGGAAUUUAAAUAUGCCCAAAGUGGUGUCUCGGAGUGUGGUGUGCUCGGACACCCGUGACAGGGAGGAGUAUGAUGACGGGGAGAAACCCCUGCACGUGUAUUACUGCUUGUGUGGCCAGAUGGUCCUUGUUCUGGACUGUCAGAUAGAGAAAUUACCCAUGAGGCCACGGGACAAAGCCAGAGUGAUUGAUGCAGCAAAACACGCCCACAAGUUCUGCAACAUGGAGGAAGAUGAGACUGUGUAUUUGAAAAGGUCAGAGGGCAUCGAAAAACAGUUUCGCAAAAAAUGUGGGAAGUGUGGUCUGCUCUUGUUUUAUCAGCAUCAGAUGAAAAGCACUCCAGCGACGUUCAUCGUGGAUGGAGCGCUGGUGAAGUUCGGCCAGGGAUUUGGCAACACAAGUGUAUACAGCCAGAAACAAGAGGCGCCAAAGAAGGUCAGGGUUAUGAUGACAAAGCGCACCAAAGACAUGGGCAAGUUCAGCUCUGUUACUGUUUCAACCAUCGAUGAAGAAGAGGAAGAGAUUGAAGCGGCGGAGCUUGAGGCGAAGAAAGCCAAGAUGAAGGGAACUCUCAUUGACAACCAGUUCAAAUGA